AUGGCCAACUCUAAAGUUAGCCUGAAGCUACUCAUCGAUUCAAAGCGUCAGAAGGUUCUGUUUGCCGAAGCGGGUAAGGACUUUGUGGAUUUUCUUUUCACCCUUCUCUCUUUGCCUGUUGGAACUGUCAUUAGGCUACUGUCGAAGGAUGCAUGUGGCAUGGUUGGUAGCUUUGGUAAACUGUAUGAGAGUGUUGAAAGUCUAGACUGUACCUACAUGCAACCUCAACUAAACAAGGAUAUCCUGCUCAAACCCAAGGCACCUGUUGCUGGACCCAAUAUCUUCGGUCUGUUGGCCAACGAACCAGCUGCUGGAGAUAAGGUGUUCUACAUGUGUUCAGAUCCUAACAAGCAAUGUCCAGAGUGCAAACAGUACAUGUCUUCUCAGGCGACUUAUGUUGGUCAACCACAGACCACAGUAGCAUCUUCUAGCUUCAGUGCUGCAGGAUAUGUCAAAGGCGUUGUUACGUACAUGAUAAUGGAUGAUUUGGAGGUGAAGCCUAUGUCCACUAUUUCGAGCAUAACUCUGCUCAACAGGUUCAAUGCUACUGAUGUUGGUGCCCUCAAAGAGAAGGUUGUAGAUCUCGGCAUGAAUGAGAUUACGAGCUUCAAUAGUUCAAUGUCGUCGAAUUACUCAUUGUUGCAAGUUAACUACCAGGCAGUACUAUCUAUGUACUUAUCCAUUGCUAUUUGUUGA